AGAUUUUAGGGCUUUUUGCAGCAUAAACUGACUGAUUUUUCGGACCGUUUCAGGCACCUAUGAUCUGAAAGUCUUGAACAAUGGCAACAACUGAUGUGAUUCAAGUCACGAACAUAGCACCAACUGCAACACUGGAACAAAUCCAUACUCUAUUUGAUCACCUCGGGACAUUUGUGGAGUUUGAACUUUUUCCAAGAAACCCGGACCCGAACAACCCAGGCACAAAGGUAGCGUUUAUAAAAUAUGCUGAUCCUUCAUCUGUUGGAGUGGCCCAGCAUCUAACCAGCACCGUUUUUAUUGACCGAGCCCUUAUUUGUGUUCCAUAUACCGAUGGUAUCAUUCCAAAUGAAACCGUCGCCAUGCAGUUUGCAACACCAGCUACUGCGUUGAUACAGGCUGGAGGUGUAAUUGAUCAAACCAAACUAGAUGAAAUAAAAAGAACGAUUUAUGUUGGAAAUUUGGACUCCAAGCAAGCAACAGCAGAUCAGUUGAUGACGUUCUUUGGGACUUGUGGAGAAGUUAAGUUCGUAAGGAUGGCAGGAGAUGAAACUCAACCUACAAGAUUCGCAUUUAUAGAGUUUGCGAAAAUAGAGCAUGUUGAUAGCGCUAUGAAACUCAAUGGAACUCUUUUCGGGGACAGAGCAUUGAAAAUAAAUCACUCAAACAACGCAAUAGUAAAGCCUGCUGUAAAACCUGUGAAUGACACUGCUACAAAGGAAAUUGAUGAAGCUAUGAAGAGAGUUAGGGAGGCUCAGUCUCUCAUAUCUCGCGCUUUGGACCCAGAGAAAUCACGUCGUCGCAGCAGGAGCAGGUCAAGGUCACGACAUCGUCAUCGAAGAAAAUCAAGAAGCAGAGAUCGAUCCAGACGCAGAAGGUCAAGGUCAAAAUCCAGAGGUCGCAGUCGAAGAUCACGAUCAAGGUCACGCAAGAGAAGCCAUCGUAGUCGUAGUAGAAGUAGAGAUCAUAAAAAGAGAAAAUCACGUUCCAGGUCUCGGAAAAGAUCCAGAUCAAGAUCACACAGUAAAAAAUCCAGCAGACAUCGUCGGGACAGAAAGCGCGACCACAAAGACCGUGAUAAAGAUAAGAAGAAAAGCAAAGGUGGAGAUGAUAAAGAAGAAGGCAAGACAAAUGGCGCCGAUAAAGAAGCUACAGAGAAUGUUGCUCCAAUGCAACAAAAUGGGGAAGUUGCAGCGGCUACUUGAAAAAGAAUUUCAAAUCCUUGUUUUCAAACUAAAUACGUAGCAUGCAAAGUGCAAAAAGUUCAGAACUGCCAUGUCAUCUGUUUUCAAACGCAAGCAUAAGUUACAAUAGUUCUGCGAUAUCAGUAUAAAUAGGAACUUUUACAACAGUAAUAAUGAAAACUACGCUUGUAAAUCUUAUACUGUAAAUUCAUUUAUUUGUUUGUAUUUUUAAAGCUGUUUGGAUGGAGAGUUACUCACGGAAGUACCAUUGUUUAAAACGAAAAUCCUGAAGCGCUUUGUUUGGAUCGGCAUUAUUUUAGGUUAAAAUAUUCAUAGGGAAACGGUCAUUCUGUUUUAAACUUGUCGUAUUAAUUUGAAGUGAUGUUAUUAACACGAAAACGACUCGCACUAAACGCGCA